UUUAUUUCUAGAGUUGUGAACCUGCCUAGAUUUAGAUCUAGACAAGAUCUAAACUAGACUCUAGCUAGUAACUUAAGUAACUAGUAAGAUCUCGAGCUACACUAGACUAUUGUAGAUUCUAGAUGUGGACUAGAUCUAUAGUCUAUUACUUUGAAUCAACAAAUCUAAUCUAGAUACAAAAGUUUAGCAUUAGAAACUGUGUUGUUACUAUCACACAUUGGUGAAUUUCUAACAAUGAAAUGCAAAUGGCAUUCAAUGGAAGACUGGUCGCGAAUAGUGCGAUCGUUUACAAUUCUUCUACUUACCUGUGAUAUAUACAAUUUUAAUUUGGUAGAAGGAGUGAAUCCAGAAGUAGAAAAACAUUUAGAAAUGGGUAAAAAACUUUUGGCUGCAGGUCAGUUGGCUGAUGCUCUUUCACAUUAUCAUGCAGCUGUUGAUGGAGACCCUGAUAACUAUCUUACUUAUUUCAAAAGAGCUACAGUUUUCUUAGCCUUAGGAAAAUCAAGAUCAGCUUUGCCAGAUUUAAAUAAAGUUGUUGAGUUGAAACCAGAUUUUACUGCAGCAAGGAUGCAGCGUGGCAAUGUUCUGAUGAAACAAGGAAAAUUGAAUGAAGCUUUAUUGGACUUUAAUGAAGUUGUUCAAAGGGAGCCUAACAAUCAAGAUGCCAUUGAGAAAGCAGGAAUGAUUGGGCCACUACAGAAUGAUAUAGAAAUGGCUAAAGGCUUUUUUGAACACAAUGCAUAUGAAGAUGUGAUUCGAUUAUUAGAGCGUCCUGUUGAGCUUUGCCCUUGGGACACAGACUUGCGUGAAAUGAGAGCAGAUGCCUUCAUUGCACAAGGAGAGUACUUCAAAGCUAUUAGUGACAUUCGUCCCACUGCUAAAUUAACACCUGAUAAUACCAGGGCAUUUUUUAAGAUGAGUUUAUUGCAUUACAAGAUGGGAGAGGAAGUAGAUAGCUUGACUCAAAUCCGUGAAUGCCUUAAGCUAGAUCCAGACCACAAAGAAUGCCAUGAUCAUUACAAAAAGGUCAAGAAGCUAGUUAAACAGUUAGAAGAGGCCCAAGAGUUAAAGAAUAACCAGAAGUAUGAGGAGUGCAUUAACAAAGCAAAAAAUAUUCUUAAGACAGAAGCGGAUGUGGUUCCUUUCAUUCUGCGAGCCAAAUCCUAUUUGUGUCAUUGUAAUUCACAAACUGGAGAUGUCAAUGAAACAUUAAAAUCUUGUAGAGAAGUUCUCCAGCUUGACCCUGAGAAUGUAGAUGCUAUGGUGGAUAAAGCAGAAGCACAUAUUGCCAAUGAAGAUUAUGAAGCAGCUAUCAGAGAACUACAAGGAGCACAAGAAGUUGAUCAAAACAAUAGGAGAGUUCAAGAGGCCUUAAAUAAAGCUCAGAAACUACAAAAACAAUCUAAAAAGAGAGACUACUACAAAAUUUUAAAAGUCAAAAGAAAUGCUAGUAAAAAAGAAAUAUUGAAAGCCUAUAGAAAGUUGGCAGUACAGUGGCAUCCAGACAAACAUGAAGGCGAGGAAAAAGAAAGAGCCCAGAAAGUAUUCAUAGAUCUAGCAGCUGCAAAGGAAGUUUUAACAGACCCUGAAAAAAGACAAAGAUUUGAUAAUGGGGAAGAUCCACUAGACCCAGAAGAGCAGCAUCAGCAUGGAGGACACCCUUUUUUCCACCAAGGCUUUAACCCAUUUGGUCAAGGGGGCUUCACAUUUAAGUUUAACUUCAAUUAACAAUAGUUUAUUUCUAGGUUCUAAUAUUGAAUUACAAUGAUAACUCAGCAGGUGCAGCUUCAUCCACUCAGCGUUAUUUAUGCUUUAUCAUUUUCAUUUUUUCCUCUUUUUUUUUCCUUUCUAAUUUGGUGACGUUAUCAAUUUUAUGAAAGUAUUAAUUUCUAGAAGAUUUUUUUUUUUUUUUUUACAAACAAUUGAUUAGUUGAUACAUGUUAGAUUUGUAAUUUUUACUGAAUUUUGACGUUAAAAAAUGUUAAACGAAUUUGCUUGGGGAAAAAAAAGGGGGGGGGGCGGAGAGCUAUAUACAUUCUAAACCAAACAAGCAUUAGCUUUUUCUCUGCUUUUCCAGCUUUCUUUAAAUUUUAUUUCAAGCAUAAACUAAGUUGACAUUUUUGAAAAAAUUGUGGUUUUGAAAUGUGUGCCAUAUUAAGUUUUGGGUCUGGAGCUGCUACUAGUGCUUUUAUUUGAGUUCUCUAAAGCUUUUGAAAAAAUUCACCACUAUUGUUUACUAAAAAAAAUAAAUUUAAGUUUUUAGCAUUACUGAUCUGUUGUACCAACUAAUUCAGGAUUUUCUGAUAGAGAACAAAGUGAUAAGCAUUUAGAUCUAGACUUUGAAGACAAUGCGCACAAUUUUCUUAAACAUUAAUUUACUAAACUCUUGAAUCUAUGCCUUACAUUUGGAAUUUCCAGAAUGUGAUAGUCCUUUCAAAACCAAUAUAGGAUCUAGACCUAGAUUUACUCUCUAGCCAAGUUUACAUUUAUUUAUUUCUACUUUGAAAAAACUAGUUUUCCCCAUGUGGCCAAUGAGCUAGUAAUUCUUUUAUCAGCAAUAAACAUCAACUGUUAAAUUUCUAGGAAAAUUGUUAGAGACCAUUUUUUAGAUCAGCAUCCAGCCAGGAAGGAGUGACUUGUAUAGAGAUAUUGUAAUAAAAACAAAAUAAAAUACUCAGAAACAAAGAUAACAGCACAUUUUUUAUUCUAUAUGCUAGGACAAAUUCAUACAAGUGCACCUUCUUCCUUGGUGCCAUUAGAGCAUGGAACUGGUUGUCUGAGCUUUAACAUGCACAACUAAAUCAUAGAUAUGUGAUGAUGAGGAUGCCUCAUAUUUCAUUUAAUAGACUGUCCCAAAUGUUUCCUCUUUUUUUUUAAAGUUGUUGAACUAAAUCCAAUAAUCUUCAUGCAUAAUUUUGGCUCUAAAUGUCUCUUACACCAUAGUGCAUCUUUUCUAAGAAUGAUUUGUUCUGAAUGACUUCAAAAGAAAAAAAUAUUUCUGCUUACUGCAUAAGACUAAGACAUUUUAAACAUGAGAGUUUUAAUGAAUCUAUAGUUGUAAAUGAACAUUUGCACACCAUCUUAUUGUAGGCUCUGCAAUUAAAGUUUUUAAAAAAUUACCAACACAAUUUGGCAAACUAAACAGACCUCAAAAAUUGUACUAAAUGUAAAUGUAUGUAAGUUGUCCUUAUUUAAUAGAACAAAAUAGUACAAUGUUUGUAUUUGGUUAGAUUUUGGAAGAGCUAUUACAAUGUUGUUUUUUUAAAUAUAUUUACAAAGUCCCUGUGCUGUUGACAAACAUUUAAAUUGAAUUAGUCCCCUAAACAGAAUUUAUUUUGACCUUGUAAAUUGAUCAUUUUAUUUAAAUUGGCAUACUGAUUUGAUGUCUUAUAAGAAAUGUUAAAUGUCGGAGUGUAACAGUUGGAAAAGUUGCACUUUUUUUUUUUUAAAACCAAUACAGUACCAACAGUUUUACAUAGAAGCUACAAACAACUCUAUGGUUUUUCUAGACUGGAAGGACACUUAGGAAAAUUUCUAUUAAAAUUACCAAGUACAAUAACAUUUAGAAGUAAUUGAAUUUAAAAUCAAAUUUUCAGAAUUGUAGUUUAUUAUUUGCUCAUUUUCAUCAUCACAAAAAUAAUUUCCAAUAUUCUGGCAUGCUUUUCUAACAAAUCAUUAACUAAGCCAGACUUGGUCACCUGGUAUUUAGUUAUUGUCAACUUGGGUCAUUCUAGAAUCAAUUGUCUAAAAAGUUAAUUGUCACUUUCAGGUAAGAUUCAUCCUAACACAGUGGCUACUCCUGCUUUGGUUAAUAUGAGCCCUGAUAAUAGGUACUUACAGAGGUCAAACACCUUGUAUAUAUUAAUUUAGUUGUGACAAUGAGACUACAUAAUACUUGUAAACCUAAUUAUCAGAAUAAUGCUUUAGCUUUUAACAGACAUGAGGGGAACCGGAGCAACUAAUUAGUAAAGUUCCCUUUUCAGACCUUGUGGUCUAUAGAGCAGAUGGUGUAAAGGUCAUCUCUUUCUGUGGCCUAUGGUUAAUGAGGGUGUCAUGUGGCCAGUGCAACGACCAACCAAACAACUGUAGAGUGCUUUUUAAUUUGAUAGCUGGAUUAGCAAGUAGAAUUAAGAGAGCUAAUAAAAAUACUUUUUAAUUUUUAAAAAGCUUAUAUCAGCUUGCUUUUGUCUGUCUGGCCUAAAGUUGAAAUUUGAUACAAUUAUUUCUUUUACCUGACAAGAGAAGAAUCAAUUUAAAAAAUUAACCAAUGGCUUAAUUAACUAUUGGUAAUUAAUUAUUAAGUUUGAUAUCUCAAACAAGGGAAAGAAUUUGCACUUGACUGAAGUGGUGGUAUAAGCUGAAUGAGUCCCCUUUAUAAGAUUGUCAUCUGAGGCUUAGUGAACACAGGCAUGAAAUAGAAACAAAAGACAACUAUACAAUCUUCCAUGUUCAUAGACUUCUUUUAAAUAUGAAAUUCCACCCACUUAAAACUAGAUAACAAUUUUAUUAUUUAGAAUUCUAAUAUUUAUUAUUUGUAGUUUAAACCCAACCGAAACUUAAAAAAAAACAACCUAUCAUUAAAGUAACUAAUUGUUAUUCAGCUUGAGUAUUGUUUUGUUUAUUGUGAGCUUAUUUGGGUUCUUCAGUAAACUUUACAUCCUUUGGUUAAUAAUAAAGGAAUCAUUCAACAAUUUUUGUUCACAUGAACAAUCUAUUUAAUGAUAUAUUGCAAUGUUACUAUUUGUAGACUCCAUUAUGCUGAUCUAGUAAAAUGACUUAGUGAUGUAUCACUGAAAGUAGAUGUUUUUGAAUUUUGUUACUCAAUGAAAAGGCUGCAUAUCUACUGAUUAGUGAACUUAGUCAGAUCAAAGAUAAUAACAUGCUCUGUAUUUGGUUGUUGUUGGGUUUUUGUUUUUUUUUACUAAUGCAAUGAGUCUUUAGAUUAUUUAAUAUACAAAUGACUUUUGUUUUAUUGAGUGUUCUGGUUAAGUGAUUGUUUGUUUUCUUAAUGCAAAUGAUGUAACCAAAAACACAAUGCCUUCCUCUUUGUAAACAUAAGAGGAUAUUUUGAAACUGAUUGCUUAUGAAGUAGUUAUUAUCUUUUGUCCUAUAGGAAAUGAGGUAUUACAAUUUUUAUUACUACCCAGUACUUUAUUUAAUUUUUCAAGUUGUAGGCCUAAAAUAAAUAUUUUUAGACAUUCUACUAUUAAUACUGGCAUUAUUAUUUGUUAUUCAAUAGUAAGUGUGUACAACUGACAAGAAUGUUUUGAAUGCUGAUGUUUUCUAUUUAUAAAUAGUGUAUAAUAAAGACUGUAUAAUUAUGCAAUAAACAUGUUUCCAAUGAA